ACCAAAACGGUUUCCAUUCUGCUUCAACUUCAAGAAUUGCUCGCCACCAAACUCGCUCUCUCUUCAUUAUCUUGUUUCUCGGUGCGAUGGAAGACCAAUGUGGUGGUAAUGGUAAACACAUGAACACGAACACGAACACGAACAGCAAUGGUUACGUGGACACGUCGAAGGCGGAGAGAGCAGUGUGGCUGAUGAAGUGCCCUCCCCUCGUCUCUCGCUCCCUCCGCGCUCCUCCCUCCGACCCCUCUCGCCCCGUUGCCAAGGUCGUCGUCUCCAUCGACCCCCUCAACUCCAACGACGACGAUUCUCCCCCUCAGUUUACAAUGGAGUUGGCCGGAACUGAAGCUGGACAUAUACCCAGAUGUUAUGUUAUGGAUAUGUCUAAAGACUUCAUUCCCAUGUCUGUGUUUUCUGACACACCACAAGGAAAGAUCUCUGUGGAGGGAAAAAUACUGAACAAGUUUGACAUGAGGCCCCAUAAUCAAACCCUUGAACUCUAUGGUAAACUCUGCCGUGAAAGGACAAACAAGUAUAUGGUCAAAAGUAGACAGAUACAGGUUAUUGACAACGAUAGUGGGGCACAUAUGAGGCCAAUGCCAGGGAUGAUAAGUUUUUCCACUUCUGGACCCAGUGAAAAGAAGAAAUCUCCAGCUAAAGCAACGGAUACGAAGAGAACAAGAAGAGACCGUGGAGAGAUGGAAGAGAUUGUGUUCAAGCUAUUUGAACGGCAGCCAAAUUGGAGUUUAAGAAACCUCAUACAAGAAACCGACCAACCUGAACAAUUUCUGAAAGAUAUACUAAAAGACCUUUGUGUCUACAACAACAAAGGAACUAAUCAAGGCACGUAUGAACUGAAGCCUGAAUACAGAAAAUCUGGCGAUUAAGCAACCUUCAAAUUUUAUCUGUGCUGAUCCAUUUGUUAACCUUCUUCAAAUGAUGUAUAGCGUACUAAUUUAGUUUUUUUCAUUAAGUUCAAGUUGCCCAAUGAAGCAGCUUGCAUCCUGUUAGAGCCUUUUCAGUUCCUUGUGCACGUGAUUUUGCAGAUUUUGCUACACCACUAUUUUGUUCCUACUUUGAAAAAAUGAACUAGAGACAUUUUUGAUCGAUGCCAUUGCAAAGUUAACAGAAUUACAAUGUGAAUGUGAUAAAAGUAGCAAAAGGCACAAGACAGGUUGAACUGCGCUGCUUAGAAUUUUCUAAACUCUUUCUGAUACUUAAACAAGCUUUUUAAAGUGAGCGAGUUGGAUAUUGGACAGAAGCACUUAAUUUACUGAAAAUUUGAAUACAUGUAAGCCAUCAGAUGCAUUGUAUGCAAUUCUACUGUUGCAAAGGUAAUUGCAGAUGGUUAUUGUCA